UAUGACCUUGACAGCUUUGAAGAAUACAGUUUCCUAGGUCUGACAGCCUUUGUCUUUGAAGUUGGCUCCUGUCCUGACGGCGGAGGAUAAGAGAUUGAAAUCACGAAAGAUAAACGUGUUCUUCAGAGAAAAAGAGGAAAUCUAAGAAAAAUGCUAUGGCAAAGAGAAUAAAAGCUAAGCCCACUUCAGACAAACCUGGAAGUCCGUACCGCUCUGUCACGCACUUCGACUCGCUAGCUGUCAUAGACAUCCCUGGAGCAGACACUCUGGAUAAAUGAUUUGAUCAUGCUGUUUCCAAGUUUGGGAAGAAGGACAGCCUUGGGACCAGGGAACUCCUAAGCGAAGAAAAUGAAAUGCAGCCAAACGGAAAGGUUUUUAAGAAGUUAAUUCUUGGGAAUUAUUUAUGGAUGAACUACGUCGAAGUGAACCACAGAGUGAGUAACUUUGGUAGUGGACUCACUGCUUUGGGAUUAAAACCAAAGAGCACUAUUGCCAUUUUCUGUGAGACCAGGGCUGAGUGGAUGAUUACAGCACAGACCUGCUUUAAGUACAACUUUCCUCUUGUGACUUUGUAUGCCACACUUGGCAGAGAAGCUGUAGUUCAUGGGUUAAAUGAAUCUGAGGCUACCUAUCUGAUUACUAGUAUUGAACUUCUGGAAAAUAAGCUUAAGGCUGCAUUGUUAGAUAUCAAUUGUGUUAAGCACAUUAUUUAUGUGGACAGUAAGACUAUCAAUAAAGCAGAAUAUGCUGAAGGAUUUGAGAUUCACAGCAUGCAAUCAGUAGAAGAGUUGGGAUCCAAGCCAGAAAACUUGAGCAUUCCUCCAGCUAGACCAAAUCCUUCAGACCUGGCUAUCGUCAUGUAUACCAGCGGUUCUACUGGCCGACCUAAGGGGGUGAUGAUGCGUCAUAGCAAUCUGAUAGCCGGAAUGACAGGCCAGUGUGAGAGAAUUCCUGGCCUUGGACCAAAGGACACAUAUAUUGGUUACUUGCCUUUGGCUUAUGUAUUAGAAUUGACAGCAGAGAUAUCUUGCUUUACCUAUGGAUGUAGGAUUGGAUAUUCUUCUCCACUUACACUCUCUGACCAGUCCAGCAAAAUCAAAAAGGGAAGCAAAGGCGAUUGUACUGUACUGAAGCCUACACUCAUGGCAGCUGUUCCAGAGAUCAUGGAUAGAAUUUAUAAGAAUGUUAUGAGCAAAGUUCAAGAGAUGAAUUAUAUUCAGAAAACUCUGUUCAAGAUAGGGUAUGAUUACAAAUUGGAACAGAUCAAAAAGGGAUAUGAUGCCCCACUUUGCAAUCUGAUACUGUUUAAGAAGGUGAAGGCUUUGCUAGGAGGGAAUGUCCGUAUGAUGCUGUCUGGUGGAGCACCACUGUCUCCUCAGACACACCGGUUCAUGAAUGUCUGCUUCUGCUGCCCAGUUAGUCAAGGUUAUGGACUGACAGAAUCGUGUGGUGCUGGGACAGUUACUGAAGUUACUGACUAUACUACUGGCAGAGUUGGAGCCCCUCUAAUUUGCUGUGAAAUUAAACUAAAAGACUGGCAGGAAGGUGGUUAUACAGUUCACAACAAACCAAACCCCAGAGGCGAAAUCAUAAUCGGUGGACAGAAUGUCUCCAUGGGGUAUUUUAAAAACGAAGAAAAAACAGCAGAAGAUUAUUCUGUGGAUGAAAAUGGCCAAAGGUGGUUUUGCACUGGUGAUAUUGGAGAAUUUCAUCCCGAUGGGUGUUUACAGAUUAUAGAUCGCAAGAAAGAUCUGGUGAAGUUGCAAGCAGGAGAAUAUGUAUCUCUUGGGAAAGUGGAAGCUGCAUUGAAGAACUGUCCACUUAUUGACAAUAUCUGUGCUUUUGCCAAAAGUGACCAGUCCUAUAUGAUCAAUUUUGUGGUUCCUAAUCAGAAAAGGUUGACACUUUUGGCACAACAGAAAGGGGUGGAAGGAACUUGGGUUGAUAUCUGCAAUAACUCUGCCAUGGAAGCUGAAAUACUGAAAGAAAUUAGAGAAGCUGCAAAUACCAUGAAAUUGGAGCGUUUUGAAAUUCCAAUCAAGGUCCGCUUAAGUCUGGAGCCAUGGACCCCUGAAACUGGUCUGGUCACUGAUGCUUUCAAACUGAAGAGGAAGGAACUGAAGAACCAUUACCUCAAAGACAUUGAGCGGAUGUAUGGGGGCAAAUAAAAUGCUGCUCUCUUACUUACACUUGUACAGGAGGUGGCGUGGAGGUUUUUCAGUUUGAGAGUUUUAAGCCUCAUUGAGCUGUCAGAAUGUAAGGUUUAUCAUUUUAAAUACAUAAAAAAAGACCCAAAGUGAUUAAAAUAGCUGUCGAGUCUACUUUAACAUAGUUUGCAUAGUUGUAGUGAAGCUGAAUGAAGUCGGAAAGUUAUUGCCCUUUAGCUGUGUUAAUUUUAGAGCAAAAAUUCUGUUUUUAAAAGUGGGCCUAAGGUAUACUUGUUCUCCUUUCACUGUGUCCCACAGAAGUUGGGGCUUUGUGCUGUUGUUGUCAUUUGUUUCCAUAUAUUGCUUGAUCUCUAUUUUAAUUUGGUUUUUGAUCCAUUCAUUGAUUAUUUAGGAGCAAGUUGUUAAGCCUCCAUGUGUUUGUGAGCCUUUUUGCUUUCUUGGUACAAUUUAUUUCUAGUUUUAUACCUUUGUGGUCUGAGAAGUUGGUUGGUAGAAUUUCAAUCUUUUUGAAUUUACUGAGGCUCUUUUUGUGGCCUAGUAUGUGGUCUAUUCUGGAGAAUGUUCCAUGUGCACUUGAGAAGAAUGUGUAUCCUGUUGCUUUUGGAUGUAGAGUUCUGUAGAUGUCUAUUAGGUCCAUCUGUUCUAGUGUGUUGUUCAGUGCCUCUGUUUCCUUACUUAUUUUCUGUCUGGUGGAUCUGUCCUUUGGAGUGAGUGGUGUGUUGAAGUCUCCUAGAAUGAAUGCAUUGCAUU